GGUGGUUAAAAAAUUGGUAAUAUUAUUAAUUUGUCAGUACUAGUAGUGCCCAGACACGGAAACAGGGGUCUCUCGCUCUCUCUCUUAUUGUUGUUCAACACAACACCGCCAUUACAGAAGAUUGAAGUGAGAGUGGAAAGGGAGAGGGAGCUUCCUGCUUUCACUUAUUAUGCCUCCUCCUCCUUCUAGUUCUAGGCCAGGCCUUAACGGACAUCCGAUUGCUACUCAGAACCAGCAGCCGUAUUACCGGAGCUACUCAUCGUCGUCGUCGGCGUCACUGAAGGGAUGCUGCUGCUGCUUGUUCUUGCUGUUCGCGUUCCUGGCGCUGCUGGUACUGGCGGUGGUGCUCAUAGUAAUACUGGCGGUGAAGCCGAAGAAGCCGCAGUUCGAUCUGCAGCAAGUGGCAGUGGUGUACAUGGGAAUCUCAAACCCAAGCGCUGUUCUGGAUCCAACCACCGCCUCCCUCUCCCUCACCAUCCGGAUGCUCUUCACCGCCGUCAACCCAAACAAGGUCGGAAUCAGGUACGGCGAGUCCAGCUUCACGGUGAUGUACAAAGGCAUGCCACUGGGGAGGGCGACGGUGCCUGGAUUCUACCAGGAUGCGCACAGUACAAGGAAUGUGGAGGCCACCAUCUCCGUCGAUAGAGUCAAUCUUAUGCAAGCCCACGCCGCCGAUCUCGUCAGAGACGCUUCCUUAAACGACAGAGUGGAGCUCACAGUCCGCGGAGACGUGGGGGCUAAGAUCCGAGUCAUGAAUUUCGAUUCACCGGGAGUUCAGGUAUCCGUGAAUUGCGGGAUAGGCAUUAGUCCCAGAAAGCAAGCUCUCAUUUACAAGCAAUGUGGCUUUGAUGGCCUCAGCGUCUAAUUCCAAAACUGUAACAUAAUAUUAUAUAUAUAUUUGUACUGACUACUCCCAGUUGCAAAAAAGAUCCAGCCAAACUGGUAUAGAAAUGGAACAAGAUCAUCCAUCCU